ACCUCUCGAUGUACGACCACCGAGCGCUGAACCCGGAUGGCCAAUCCUGUGACGCAGACCUACCCGCUCCGACUCUGUAAUCCAUGCAUGCAAGACUGAUGGUGCCAUAUGUAGUUGACUUACAACGAAUGAGCGAUGACGACGACAGCGUGGAGCAAAGCAAGAGGCAGGUGAGGGUAUCCAGGAUAUGCGAUGAUGAGGAUGAUGCAGCGCGACUGCAUGGAUUUGAAGGUCGACGAAAGGAUUCUGGAAGGUCACGGUGAUCUUCGUCCGGAAGGCAUUUCGCCCGGGAGCUCCUCGGGUGUCGACAAGUC